AUGGAGUUCGAGGGGUGCGUUGCAGUGGCUGCAGGGCGGCCGACGACGGUCAAGAAGCCGAAGCCGAAGCCGAAGACAAGGAUCUUACACGUGUUCCCGCCGGAGAUCAUAAAGACGGAUGCUGCAAACUUCCGCGAGCUCGUGCAGAGGCUCACCGGAAAGCCGGUGACGCGAGCUAGCAGCAACAGGAGGAAGAAGAAGAAAGAGGACGAGGCUGGUUGCGUGGGGCUCGAGGGAGAGGUGGCUCCGAGCUGCGAGCAAGUGGGACUGUGGAGGGGGACGCAGGAGCCCGGAAGUGGGGGAGGAACGAAGGUUGAGUUGGAGGAGAAGGAUUCCGGUGGCUUCUCCUGGGAGUUUGGAGAGAUCGAGAGCUUCCUCCAUGAACUCAGUGAUGUCUCGUGGCUUCCUUCGUGUACUUCCCCGGCUAAUAACAGUUAG